CGUAGAUGUCGGCAGCACCUUAAUUCCCUUCUUUACCGACAAGUUCUUUUCGUGUUAGCUUCCGUGAGAUUAUAGAUGUAUAAAUCAUGAAGCUAAACGUGUCAUAUCCCGCGACAGGAUGUCAGAAACUUUUCGAAGUUGUCGACGAACACAAACUUCGUAUUUUUUACGAAAAACGUAUGGGACAAGAAGUUGAAGCCGAUUUAUUAGGUGACGAAUGGAAAGGAUACGUUGUCAGAGUCGCUGGUGGAAAUGACAAACAAGGAUUCCCCAUGAAACAAGGUGUCCUCUCACACAGCCGUGUUCGUUUACUUUUAUCCAAGGGACACUCCUGUUACAGACCACGCCGUACCGGUGAACGUAAAAGGAAAUCAGUCCGCGGUUGCAUCGUAGACAGCAAUCUUAGCGUAUUGGCUUUGGUUGUUGUACGUAAAGGAGAACAGGAAAUCGCCGGUUUGACUGACUCCCAAGUCCCACGUAGGUUGGGGCCAAAAAGGGCUUCCCGUGUCCGCAAGCUUUUCAACUUGAGCAAAGAAGAUGAUGUACGUCAAUAUGUUGUCAAACGCCCACUGCCCCAAAAGGAAGGCAAAAAAUUGAGGACCAAGGCACCCAAAAUCCAACGUCUGAUCACUCCGUUGGUCUUGCAGCGCAAGCGUCAUAGGUUGGCAUUGAAGAAGAAGCGUUGCCUGAAACGCAAAGAACAAUCUGACAACUACGCGAAAUUGUUGGCACAAAGAAAGAAGGAAUCGAAAGCUAAAAGGGAAGAAAUUAAGAGACGUCGUUCUGCCAGCAUGCGCGACAGCAAAUCGAGCAGAAAUUCCGACAAAUAAAUUAUUCAUGAUUUGUUUUUAAAAACUGGCUGAGAAAUAAACAUUGCUUUCUCGUA